AUGUCCGACUUGAACGCAGACACCCAAUCACAGGGAUCGCCAGAGCCAGGUAAACACCAGAAGCGGACAAGCAAAGCCUGCUUGGUUUGCCGCGCAAGAAAGAGUAAAUGCACACUUGAUACAACAGACGGAGAACCUCAACCACCAUGUUUGCGAUGCCGCAAAGAAAACAAGCAAUGUGUUAUCGGCAGCAGCAAUCGUGGAGGUAGACGGGUCAGGCGGUCUACGAUAGCUUCACAACAAGCUCCGAGUCAGAAUCAGACCCAGGCUCAGGCGAGCGGUCAAUCUCAAAUCGAAUCCGGUUUGCCAACUCAGAAGACCCCCUCAAAUGAUGAGGGACAAGCAAUCUCCUGGAACUCAAGCUCGAUACCGAGUAACCCAUACUCGACCUCUUCACGACAUAACAUCACCGGUGCGACUCCCAUGUCGGCCAACACUGGCGUCAGCAAUCUGGAUUUCGCAACUCAGCGUCAACUGUUCGACCCGCAAAGUCUCGCAAUGGACAUCGAUCCUGCUAUCGGAACCGCAACAGUGAACGAACAAAGAUCGCAUGAUCACAAUAUCGAGGAGUCUGCUCGUUCAUCGAGCUCUGAUAACAUACCUUUCAACGAGUUGCAAAACCCUUCAGAUGCUUUGGACAUACUGGCUCAGAUCGCGAGUAACGACAACAACAACUCGGCUCGCCAGUCCACCUGGCAAGAGAAACAACCACAACAUAGUCUUCGCACAACCUCUCUUUACUCAAACACAUGGAACUCUGAUGGCCUAGAUUAUCACCUAGUGCGGUCGGGUGCUUUGUCGUCGACCAAAAUUUCGCAACUGAUUGAACGUUAUCGUCAGCACUACCACCCUUACUUUUCGAUCGCUCCACCUAGUACCCUUGAUACCACCAAUUUAGCAAAAACAGCCAAAGAGGAACCGCAUCUUUUGACCGCUAUGCUUGUUAUUGCUUCGAAGGAUCUAAUGGAGGAGCCGCACAUCUUCACAGCUUGCUCAACAUAUAUGCAGUCGUUAGUAUCUGUGUUGGUCGCUGGUGGCUCUGGAGGGGUUGAAGCAGUCGAGAGUCUGCUACUGCUUGCUGAAUGGGCACCAUACACAUCAAGAAGCCGGGCAGGAAACGUCGGACGUGGAGAAGAAGAUCGCGAGGCCUGGAUGCAUGUUGGCACUGCUUUGCGCAUCGGCUACUAUCUGGGUCUGGACAAGUAUUCAUUUCCUGUGGCAGCGGACAUCAAAGACCCUCAGUGGAAGCGUAAGCGUCUAGUCUGGACAUGCUGCUACAUAUCGGACCGACAGAUUUCCAUCCGUAUAGGCCGUGCUUUCUGGAGUCGGGGACCUGGGCCUGGCCUUGCUAUCCGGAAGGAAGACUAUCCUUACCAGCCCCAAAAUCCCGGAGAUGAAGACUUCCCAAAGCUGUUCCAGGCGACUCUGGAGUUGACGUUACUGUUCAGUAAUGUACACGACGUGCUGUAUAGUAGCCCUGGAAACAGCUUGCGGAACCAUUUGACAGGAGGAUACUACAUCAAGAUGGACUUUCGCAGCGCAUACUAUGGAUGGAAUGCCGUUUACGGUACCAUGACAUGCUCACCGAAUCUCAAAGCGAUGCUGCUGAUGUCUUACGAUUACUUAAGGCUCUAUACCAAUGCUUUUGCAUUUCAUGCUACGAUACGUCGCGCAUUGCCUGAGGGAGAAAACGGCAAACCAUCCUUUAGUCGAGUUUUCUACAACAAUGUUGGUGCGGUUGGAGAUGCGCGAUUCAUCUAUGAAGGACUCGAUGCCGCAAAAAGCCUGCUCACCACGAUGAACAACUUUGUUGACGCGGAGAGAAUGUUACGAUAUAUGCCUUUGAGAUUCUAUCUUUUCACAGUCUAUGCAGGCGUGUUCUUGUAUCAUGCCCGCUCUGUUGGCGUCAUGUCGCCGGAAGAAGAAGCUUCUGUGAGAAGAAUGAUCCAGCAAACAGUCACUGUUCUCCAAAGAUCAGGCGUAGGAGAGAGUCAUCCUGGAAGCCGCUACUCACAGCUGCUCAAACUCCUUUGGGACAAGGUGGAUCGAAAGUCGCACAAAGAGUCUCGGUCCGCACGAUCACUCGCCACACUCGAGAAUCCGUACAGGCCUGUCAGCACAAGUGCUGCUACACCAGCAUCGAACUCUGCAGCCUCGGCUUCGUUGGAAUCGCCGGCAGUCACAGACCUGAUGGGAGAUUUCAGCUGGACGGAUCUAGAUGCGAUAGGUCAUUUCGCUGUCAAUGGUAAUGAAGGCAUGUCGACGGACGCUGAAUGGUGGACGGGAUUUCUUCCUACGGAUAGCGGUCCCUUGGGUCCACUGAGUGGGUUGGGUUCGAUGGACAACUGGAGCUUCAGCAUGUAA